CUUCAAUUUCAAUCGAGCGGCGGGCGCCAAUGCUUGCUUUGCAAAGGCUUCACUUUAGUUAUCCCUUGAGCUGAGACAACGUGGGCCAGGGGAUCGACCAAUGACUGUAACUCUCUCGACUUGGCGCCAACCCCGAUGGUUUCAGGAGAUACACUGCCCCGGCCUUGAACGGCUUCCACCACCGUGCCAUGGCGCAUUAGUGCCGCGUGAAAACCACGAGUUUGCGGGUGCCGGGCUAGGUUACAAGUCAACAUGGGCAACUGUGCAAAUUGACAUGGCGCGCGCUUCCCUCAAAUUGGCGCAUCAGUGACAGGCGUCUCACUAGAUCUAGACAACUUACACAAAUACAUACUCCAUGUGGAGGGCC